AUGCCUGAGCAACGCAAGAGGUCGACUCAUGGAGGUAAGGGCCACAGUGGUAAUUUUGUGAAAAGGAGACAUGGAAAUUCAGGUCGUCAGGAAAUGAGGUCUGUCACAAGAACAUCAAGAAGAGACAGAAGACCUGAGGAUGGAAAGGAGGAUGCCAUGUCAGACGAAGAAGAUGCAAUAGACGGCAUAGAACAGAAUGAAAAAGAGGAUCUGGUGGACUCAAGAACUGCUGAUAGUAACCAGACAUACAGUGCGUUGUUAACAUUGUUGAAGGCUGAUCAUCUGAACACAAUAGGCAGCGAAAGAAAGAAAGGUGAAGCGCUUGCACAAGCAGAUGAUAAGGAACCGGAAGAUGAAAUUGCUGGAUUAAAUGUCGAAGCAUCUGAUGAGGAGGAAGAUGAAGGUGCUAUCGAUGACAUGGAUGAGGAAGAACAAAAUGGCCGCGAUCCAUACGAAACUCAUUUCAAUUUGGCGACGGAGGAUUACGUUGAAACAGAAGUAAAAUUAAUUGAAUCUCACCAUAAAUGGCCCUUGAAAUCCAAGAAAUCUUUUCCAGAAAUAGGUUACGAUACGAUUUUUCAGACCCCUCCAGGCACUUCGCUACCCAGUGAUGCAGUUGACUUUCGUUCGAAAGCUUCAUUAGAUGAUUAUUUAAUAAAGAAAAGAGUAUCUGAUGCUUUCACGCGUCAUUUUCCUGCUCCGCUAACAAUGCUCGAAACUCGACUCGUGGAUCCACUUUUAAGUUAUAAGGAUAUGUUGCUACCUUAUGGUAACUGCAAGAAUAAUUCUUACAGAAAAUUCUUCGUGAUGCAUGCUUUGAAUCAUGUUUUCAAGACAAGAGAUAGAAUUUUGAAAAACAAUACCAAGAUUCGUGAUUACAAAGAGUCAACAAAAUCAGGUCGUACAGAAGAAGAGCCAGAGUUCAAGGACCAAGGAUUCACACGGCCCAAGGUUCUUAUACUAUUACCUACACGAGACUCGUGUAACGAAAUCGUCAAUUUACUAAUCAAUCUUUCAGGAUCAGAGCAACAGGAGAAUAAAAAGAAGUUUAACCUGCAAUUUUCAAGUAAUGUUUUCCCUCCCGAUACGAAACCAGAAGAUUUCAGAGAUGCCUUCAAGGGAAAUAAUAAUGAUUUCUUUUGCAUAGGAAUAAAGUUCACUAGAAAGACAUUGAAAUUGUAUUCUUCAUUUUAUUCUUCAGAUAUUAUUCUUGCAUCACCUAUUGGAUUGACUAUGAUACUAGAAAAUCCUGAUAAGAAAAAGAGACAGUAUGACUUUUUAUCCUCAAUAGAGAUUUUGAUCGUUGAUAGGGCCCAUCAAAUCGAAAUGCAAAAUUGGGAUCAUGUCAACACAGUACUUAAAUAUCUAAAUAAGGUUCCAAAGGACUUUCAUGGCGCGGACUUUUCUAGGAUCAGGAUGUGGUCCAUCAAUGACCGUGCUAAAUUCUUGAGACAAACGCUUGUAUUCACCGAAUAUGCAACCCCAAGCACGAUGAGCGUCGUUUCAUCCAAGUCAUAUAAUUUAGCAGGAAAAUUAAAAUUCAGGAAAGUGUUUGACUCAAAAAGCUGUAUUAUGAACUCAAUUGGGUUGAAGGUUAAGCAGAUAUUUCAAAGGUUUGAAUGUCCAUCUCCAGUCGAAGACCCAGAAGCUAGGUUCAAAUUUUUUAUCAACUCAAUUUUACCCUCCUUAAUGAAGUCUGUAUCUUACGAUGAUGGUCUUUUAAUAUUCAUUCCGUCAUAUUACGAUUACCUUAGGGUAAAGAAUUUUUUGAAAACAUCGACGAAGUAUGAUUUUGGCUCAAUCGAUGAGUAUUCCUCACAGUCAAAAUUAUCGAAAACCAGGCAUCAGUUUCUAUCCGGAAAGAUCAAAAUUCUUUUGUACACAGAAAGAUUGCACUACUUCAGAAGAUUUGAAUUAGCCGGAGUCAAGAACAUGUUGCUAUAUGGUUUGCCAUCCAAUCCACUAUUUUACAAGGAGCUUGUUAGGUUUUUAGGAAGAUCGAUUUUCAAGGAAAUUGCCGAUAAAGACCUCUCCUUUGUUAAAGUGCUUUAUUCCAAAUGGGAUAAUCUCAGUUUAGAGAGGAUAGUAGGGAGUGAUCGUAUGCCAGUACUUUGCAAUUCAGUGAACGAAAUUUAUGAAUUCAAGUAG